AUGACUGAAACAACUUCGGGUACUAUAAAUGGUAAUGAUUGUAUUGAAUUAACAUUAUCACAAGGAACAAAUGCUACUAGUUCACAAUUAACACUAUCUAAUCAAUUAUAUCGUCAAGCAAAAAUUGAUGAAGAAAAUCGACUAAUUCCUGAUAAUGAUGAUGAUAUUUAUCCAACUGUUAAAGUAACACGUGAUGGUGAAUUACCAGAAAAUGCUACAGAAAGUGGAAAUAAAGAACAAUUAUCAACAUCGAAAUCUAAACACAAACGAGAACGUAGUGAUGAUAAAGAAUUAUUAUCACCAGCUGAUGAAGAAGAAAAUCGUCCAACUUCUUCUACACCUUCUCCUCCUCCUCCUGCUACUGCAGAGAAAACCAAAGUAAAAAAAUCAUCAUCAGAAACAACAACAAUAGUAUAUACAAAUACUUCUGUACCACUCCUGUUGGACAUUAUGAUGGAUGAUAUUCAUCCAACAAAUCAAUCUGAGCAACAAUACAAUGAACAAGAUACUUAUAAACUAGCUGCUCAAUCUGACAAUUUGACAAUUGUAAAUUCAAUAAUUAUCCUAGUUUAA